GAAGUACCGCAACCAGGCGAUAGGUGGCGCCUAGUGAGUGACCCUGUUUGACCCAAAAUGGCAGCUCACAUGGCAAGCGUGCUCCUCACAAGUUUGUCGGAAAAAGAAGGGAAAACUUUACUGUCGUGGACCAUUGAAGCAGCGAAUGAGCACCAAUUGUUACAGAGUGAACAGAGUGCACAAGACUGGGUGAGUCACAUCAACACUAGUCUGGGGGCAGCCAAAACCAGGUUGGAGGGACUAUGUUUACUGGGGACCGUGGUGCGACAGUGCAGUGCAGACACCUUCAUACAGCAUGGUACUACCUGGAUCAGACUGCUGGCACAGGUCUUACAGGCCUAUGACUCUCCGCUGACCCUUCAGAUGGCCAGCCAUGUCCUGGCUGCUGUUGUCCAGCAGGCUGCCCAGUACCCUGAGGUGGCCCGAGAGGUGGCCAGUACGCACGUCCCUGCACUGGUGCAAAGCCUUCUGGGAGCACAGGACCAUCAGUGGUUCCCAGCAGCUCUGGAGGCCCUCCACUCCUGUAUGAAGAACUUCCCUGGGCCAUGUGGGCCCUCCAAGGGAAAAGUUGAAUCUGUUCUGUGUGGUUUGAUGGACACCAACCAGCCCAGGCUCUCUCUGUUGGUUCAGCAGACCUGUCCCCUGUUAGCUGGGUGUGGCGGGGGCGGGGCCGGGGGUGUGAAGUAUGCCGAGGCCUGGGCUCACCUGUGUGACCAGGUGUUGGGAUCAUUGCACCAGGUGUUAGACCACGCCUACCAGGACAUGGAGACAGGUUUACAGACCUACAAUACACCCCAGGCAUCCCUGCACCUUCCCACAGUACCAGAGUCAGACCCAGCCAGGACAUUUGUCCUGAGUACCAGGUUUCACAACCUGUGUGGCUGUUUACAACAGCUAGUCAGUCAGGAGUUCCCUUCCGUAGUGAGGAUCCCCACACCAGACAUCCUAUCCUUCCUAUGCAGGGCACUGGGGGUCAACGCCAAAAUGCUGUUUGGAAAAGCAUCUAUGGAACAUGUGCUUCUGAUGUCUGCCCUACCCAAGAUGCACUGCUCCGCACUGAGCAUUCUCGAAGCCCUUAUCAUAAGCUGUAGGAGCUACCUGGUUCCACAUGCCUCCAUCAUAUCACAGCUGCUGAUCCAGACUCUGGGCUGGACCACUUCAGAGGAGGGGGUGCCAGGGAGGCAGAGGCCUCACAGUACUCUGCGGAGUAGAGCCUACACAGUCCUGACAGUGUGGCUGAACGUGUGUGGGGCAGCGGGGGGUGUAGACAGUCAUGCUGACAUCAUCCUACAGCAUGUACUAACAGACACCACACCUCAGGCAGAUACAACCAAGCUGAAGGCCAGCAGACCCGGGAGUCAGGAACCACCCAGGAGACAGAAGAAGAAACAGCGGGGAGUGGACGUGAGUGACCAGGGCCUGAGUGGACACAGGAAGGUGGACAGUCAGGCCAACAGUGACGUCUGUUCUGCAGCACUGGGAGUGCUGAAGACUGUUCUAGAAGUGGUUGGGCCAAUUAUUAAACCAUCUUUUCACAAGGAGGUCCAAGAGUUUGUGAUCCCCCUUCUUCUGAAGAUACAACAGAACCAGUCAGACCCUCCCAUCCCUUACUCCUGUGCUAAGUGUAGGAAGGGGCUGUACCAGCUCCUCCUGGCAGCUGUGCUGGUACUGCACCCCAGGUGGCCACCUCCCACCCAGUGUGCAGUGAAGAUCUUCAGUGUUGGACAACAGGACUAUGACUUACAGGUUUCUUCCUAUUGCAGAGAGGCACUGUUGACCUGCAUGUCAAUCAUCCACCCCAGGGCACCAACCCUCCAAUCACCAGUCAUCAUUUCUGACACGCCCACUAUCUCAAAACCUUCAACCAAUCACCAGGCACCAAGCUUCCAGGUGCUGAGAUCCAAUGCCACACAGAAAAAUGACUCCACCAAUGGAAACUUGUUUACCGCUCCGUCUUUCAAAGCAGCCAGCCAAUCAGAGGGCAUGGUGAAAGACUGUCCUAGCCAAUCAGAGUCCACUUCUCCUAAAAGUAUCCAGAUGGAACGUUCUGGAACUUUUUCAGAAAAGUUGACAAGAGAAGAAGACAAGGCAGGGCCCAGUGUUAUCCGUUUAGAUGGGAGCAGUAAUAGCAGUGAAGGAGAAGAAAGUUCUUCUGGAGACAGUGUAGAACUUCUUGAAGACAUCCAGAGCAGCAAACAAGACAGUUCAACACUGGAGACAAGGGACCUCAAUGAUGGAGUCAGCAACACAGAAAAGAAGCUGGCUACAGACAUGGAAACAGUGCCUGAAAAUGAAGAUGUGGUCUUAAUACAGGGCUGUACCAGUGCAGGAAGAGCUGUAGUUCCUGCUGACACAACAGAUAUCCCCACUGCUGGAGGUGUGAAGAGGAAACAUGAGAGUGAUGUGGAGGGAGAGGAGGAUGACAGCCAGGACACAGAUAUCCAGGCUAUGUUGGCUUCCUUUGUACCAGACUCAACUCCAGAUGAAAACUGACAUUGUCACUUGUCGGAGGGAAUAUUAAUACAUACAUGUAUUUUAGGAUCUAACAGUCUGCCAAUGAAGACAUAUUUUUGUAAUGUUGUAUCGCUAAUGUGCAAUCUAAUGUGCAUAGAAGCUACCAUAUUUUAGAUUUGACCAAGGAAUGGCUUGAAAGAAAUUUCAUUGUCAUAUUACUGCAAGGUAUUUGCAACCUACCAUUGGUGAAGCAACGUAACUUUAUUAGAAUGUAACAAUAGUUUCCGAUAUGUUUUCAGAUUUAUGUUGCGUUCAAAUGUUUUAUAAUUUCAUGUUAAUUCAAUGUCAUAUGGAAUUGAAUAUACUC